AUGAGCCUCAGCACGGAGUGCCAGAACCUGCAGCAGAAGGCUUGCAGACAUGUGCAACCGCUGCUGCAAAGCCCCGUGUUUACACCAACAGCAUUAUGGGCAGUGGGACCAUGGCCAAGCUGCCAAGCCGAAGGCUGUAAUUCGCAACCGGCGGUUUUCCCUCUGAAGACCAACGCGGCAUGGGCACUAAGGACACGGCGUAUAAUGCACACAAACACCCAUCCCCGCUGCUGCUGUGUCAUCAAGUUCGGUGCCUUUACGGCACCGUUUGCUAGCUUGAUCAUCAAGAGCAAUCAUUCCAACGGUCCUGCCAUUCCCGGCAGCGGUUGCAGCGGCUCCGCCGCUGAGUCCUGCAACAGUUGCUGCAAGAACUCCUUGCCGGAUGCGCAGCAGCUGCAAAAGCAGGCGGAGGGGGCCCAGCAGCAGGGGCGCCAGUGCGACGGCUUUAGCCAGCUAAAGCAUCUGUCCGGAACUUGGAUAAAGGUAUACAAGGUUUUGGAUCUGUGUCCGACUCGGGCCAGGGCUCUUCGUUCAGAAAUUACUUCCCUGCGCCUUGGGUUGCUUAGGAUGGGCAUCUUGCGCGUUUAUGCUGGCCCAUCCUUCCUGCGAGGGGAAUUGGCCGUCUCUGGUGUGGCUCGUCGCUGUCAGAAUCGUGAGAGCUCCGAUAGCAUGGAGAACGCAAUGAAUUUGAUGCGGCUUAAUGGAAUCGUACGGCAGGCCGUCAAGCUGGUGAAAGGGGUGCAAAUCGAGUUUGAACCCGAAAACUUCACCUUCAUCGUUUUCAGCUUUAUCUCCUGGUUUAAGUUCAAGAGCGGGCGUGAGUCAGUGUAG